CGGCGCUAACCGGUUUGUUUACUGUGGGCAGAUAUUUCUCUUUGGCCCCGCCCACCCGAGCCUAAUAUAGUCCUGAAAGCGGGGUUAAAGCCUCGAGCGCCACUCGGACUUUUAAAGCGUGUUACAUAACGUGCUUUCCAACUCCUCUCGGAGUGACUACAGACACCAGCCGCGUCGUACACUCCGCCCGGCAUCUCUGGAAACUUUCAUCCCACUUCAACGGCUCGCACUUCCGGCAUUUUAACCUCCCGCAGGUGCCGCGCGCUAUGAGCAGUGACGUGUGUUGUUUUGCCGAAGCCCGGCGCGUGGCGAUUUUCGGCGGCACGCACGGGAACGAGAUGUCCGGCAUCAUGCUCGUGUCCAUGUGGACCAAAAACGACUGCGAGAUCCGGAGGAGCAGAGUACACAUCGAGCCCUUCAUAAGCAACCCGAGAGCUGUGGAGAAGUGCGCCAGGUACAUCGACACCGAUUUGAACCGAGCCUUCACAGAGGAAAACCUGAGCACGGCAGGUGGAGACGAGCUGCCGUAUGAAGUUCGGAGAGUCAAGGAAAUCAAUCAGAUAUUUGGACCUAAAGGAAGUCCAGAUGCCUACGACGUCAUCAUUGACCUCCAUAACACCACAUCCAACAUGGGCUCCACGCUCAUCCUGGAGAGCUCGACAGACCACUUCACCCUUCAGAUGGUGCAUUACAUCAAAAAAGCCAUGGCUCCUGAGAGCUGCAUGGUGCUGCUGACUGAACACCCUCAACUCAAAUAUUCAACCACCCGCUCAGUGGCCAAGCACGCUGUCGGGUUUGAAGUGGGUCCCCAGCCUCAGGGAGUUUUGCGGAGCAAUAUCUUCCAGUCCAUGCGGAUGAUCGUGAAGCACGCUCUGGACUUCAUCGAGAUGUUUAAUAGCGGCGUGGAGUUUCCAGCGUGCCGUGUGGAAGUGUUCAGGGUGCACGAGAGAGUCGAUUACCCAAGAGACACUAACGGCAACAUCAGCGCUAUGGUACAUCCUCACUUACAGGAUUGCGAUUGGGAGCCCCUGAACCCCGGUGACCCAAUGUUCCAAACAUUCGACGGGAGGACCAUCGUGUACGAGGGAGCCGGUCCCGUCUACCCGACGUUUAUUAACGAAGCCGCGUACUACGAGAAGAACCAGGCCUUCAUCACAACCUGCAGGGAAACCGUAGCUGUUAAUCCCAUUCGGAAAAGCACCCAAUAACCAUCACGAUAACCGUUACCAUAAGAAAAAGAAAGCCGAUCUCUAACUGACAGGCAUUCUGCCAUGCCUGAAAACUACAACUACUCUCAUUAUAUAUAUAUUUCUAUAUAUAUAUAUAUAUUUACAGUUUUUACAGAAAUGCUUCAUCUAUAAUAAUAAUUCAAACCAAGUCAGGUUAAUGAUUUAUUUACAAUUUCAAAGAAAAGAAAAAAAGUUGAAUAUUUUUAUAUUAGUUUUAAGGUUUGUCAUAGCUAACCUUUUUUUUUUUUUUUUUUUUUUUUAAACCGAUAUUUCAUGGUGCAGUUUACAAGAAUAUUUAUACAAUUCUAACGUUCAAUCACACGCGUUUAUAUUUACACUUACAUUCCCAGGCAAUGUUUAUACUUUACCGAACGGAACGUGCGAGAUAUACAAAGCUGUAAAAGCUAUAAAAAUCGACUGAGACGCGAGUCUUAGCGUUUCGAAAGCUCGUUGCUUCCGGUGCGUUUUUCAGCGUGCCUUCGCCGACUUCCUGUGAAGACUCGGAAGCGUGUAUCGCCUACGUAAGGAGUGAAAGGUAUGCAGUGAGGCAUACGUACAGUUGAAGUCGUCAUGUUUUAACUGUUUAUAGUAAUCUUGCGUAGCAUUGCGAAUGAAGUAACGGAUUCGAGUAUUUUAUUGGCCCUGUUUAAGUUUAUCGAGAGCGUUUUUGGGAAGGAAACUGUACGUUCUAUCGAAGUGCGCAGUCAGGUCGCUUGAUCGUUUGGCCAGAAGUCGAUCGUUCGCCGUCGGCCAUCGUUAAGCAUCCGUGGCGGAUUGUUGUUCGUAGUUUUGCCGUGUUCUUACCUGGAGGAAGAGUUCUCUGGUUGGCUGUUUAGGUUGAUUCCAUGAUCACGUUAGCAUUUAGCCUCGUAAAUCUUAAACGUUUUACAAUAUCGAAUCUAAGAAAACAUGCGUUCAGACUUUCUGGAAUGUGUCCGGAUUUUUUUAUUCGGUAAGGUUUCUUUGUUACGUUUUUUGUUUUUAAAUGAGUUGAAAUGAACCCCGGUGAGCAUAGAAUGAGAAUCGGUGUCGUUGGAAAGAAGAAGGAAGAACUUCCUGAUCUUCAGGAAAUUUCCUGGUGAACUUCCGGUUGAACGUGUGACUUGUGGAAUAUUCGAAAUAUUCCGUAGGGGUGACGUGGAAUGAGUGAAUGUUCAUAAACUGCCAGUGUGAGACGAUGAAGGGUUUCAUGCUUUCAUGCGGAAAUAAUCUGAUUUCUGAAGUAUCUUAAUGCCAUCGAGAUUCUAUUCCAUGGUAAAGUGUAGUAAUAGCGGGCUUGGAUGGGCAAAAAUGUGUUUUUAUAAAUGCUUUACGAUAUUUAUCAGGAAAACGCCCCUAGUUUGUUGUGAAUGACACUUAAAAUGUCUUUUACCUUACGUACAGUAUGUAUUUAAUUCUACUAUAUGGAAUAUCACAAAUGGCACCCCAAUCAUGGAGUCGUCGCCCUUUAGCUUAGCGAAUCAGUCCAGGAGAAGAGAAACAGAAACUAGCAAAGCCAGACACUGUCCAGACGGUCUCUAAAGUCACCUUUACAUGUCCGCUUGUUCUGUUUUCACUUCUGCUCCACUGAUCUAGAAAGCGUUAUUUAUAUCUUUGGCCUUUUAAACUGGUUAGCUAGUUCGUCUGGCUGUGUAUGCUCCUGCGAUACGUCAGUGGUUAGCUGUCGGUCUUGCCACGCGUUCGAGUACUGGUGCUAAUUUUGUACUCUAACAAACUUCACUCGGCCUAGAAAAGUUACCCGAGUCAAGUCAUCGAAGGCAUGUAGGAAUGCAGACUUAAGGGGAAAAUAGAUCCUGAACCACUUACAUAUUCAUUCUGACUCGACGGUUUACUUUCAUGUUCUCCGCGUGCUUCGGGGGUUUCCUCUGGGUACUCCGGUUUCCUCCUGUUAUUUUGUUGGUUAAUAGUUAGCUACAUAACCCAACAACAAAAAAACACCACCGACCAACAAAUUAGCCUUAUUACAAAUAUCUCAACAUGAAUACGUGGGAAUGUGUUUCCUUUGUUUUCGUCGCACUGCAAAUCACAACCUCAUUCUAUAUACUUCACGCACAGUGAAUGAACCCGUGAUCAAAAACAAACGUACAGCCUUAAAGAUUUGACCGUCGUACUCUUAACCCGUGACGACUUGAGAACGAUUCCUCUGAAUUAUCGUUAAUGUUCUGAUAAUUUUAGCAAAUUUCCGGGCGGAUCGGAAGCGUUUCGGUCCGUGCGUCAUCAGCCGUGCGGACUUGUAUGAUUAGUCAGCUGUGGCGUUUGGGACUUUGCGUCUUCUUUUGUGCGAUUCUAGUGCUUGGCUUGGUUCAAGCGGUGGUGUCUAAAUGGGAACGGAUUGAAAAGUGCCCACACGGUCGUAUCCGUCGCGCACGCUUAAUACAGAAACGUGGGUUUUGACUUGUGUUGGAUAAUUCCACAGUGUGAUAAAGUAACACUAUUAACAACGAAUUACAUUUUUAUUUAACAGCAAAAUGCUCACUGACCUAUGCAAAGAAUAUUAUGUUCUCAGUAAUGUAGCACAUAAAUAUAGUGCUUAUGGACAAUCUGUUUAAUGUUAAAGAUGUUAAACCCGGAUAUGUGCGACGUAUCCAUUUCAAAUUAGAUUAUGUACUGUAUAUUUUAGUAAGUUAAAUCACGUACAUUUUUUUUUUUUUAAUGAGAUUUUUAUUAGAUUACUUUUUAGAUUAUAAGUAAUGAGCCGUGUGUAUGUUUUAAGCUACUGUCUGGUUUUUCCCCCCUCUUUGGUUUUGGAUUGCACAUAUUUAACAGGAAAAAAAAAAAAAACGAGAAUAAAUAUUUCAUAUUUUGAUCUUGUUUCAAUUCUGCAGUGACAACAGACUCAGAUUUGUAACUAAGUCUUCCAUAAUGGCUCUCGGAUUUGCAUCCAGAAGCAGCGAUUUGUACAGGUUGAAAAACUUUAAUUAACCCGGAGGAGGACCUGCAAAAUCUCGUACCAGCGUGAACUAUUUUUGUUUUUACAUCAGAGCACCACCAGAGGGCGACACUCACUUACAUAAAAUAUCUUGAAUAAAAUAUCUAUAAAUUUUAAAAAUCUUUCUCGAUUAAGGUUUUACAUUUACAUUGACUGGUCGAGAAAAUGAACCCUCUACUACGGUUAAAAGGUGCAAUGGUGGAAAGUAUCAUAUAGUCAAAAUCAACACAAAAUGUAGGAGAUUACAAUUCCAAUUACUGCAUUCUCCAGACUGGAGGUUGCAGAGGUUGUUUUUUUUUUGCUACCUAGUAAACAUGUAAAAGUGAUAUCUUCUAGAAGGAAUUGCCAUUGUAAAAAGUAUGUGGAUGGAUUUAGUCAACCAAAACACAUACAGAAAUUAGAUCCAAACAUGUUUUGGGUGAAAAAUCUUUUGAAUUCUUUCUUUUGAAUUCUUAAUUCUUUCUCUUGAAACUUCAAAUUUAGAAAAUAAGGUGCAAUUGCGAAAUGUAUGAAGUUACAACAGUUUUUUUUUUGUUGUUGUUUAAAUUUGAAUGUGAAAAAAAUGUAAAUAUACUAUUAGAGAAGCCUGGUGUAUUUUUUGCUCUGUAGGCCUAUUUCAGUUCAUGAAUGCACAUACAGUGCACAGCGUUCCAUUAUCGCGUGUUGUUGCCAUAUGGCAACAAUGACAUUUUAAUAUUUAACAGAAUCCGCAAAAUAUAUAAACUUGUUUAAAUGACACAAAAAAAAGUUCACUUAUCUGAGAUAGCAUUUCAUUCUUUCCCUUUUAAGUAGUCUUGACUAAAUAUUGAAAAAUGUAUCAAAUUUUCAGAGCCGUCCGAUGAUGACCUUCGCUACGCCAUGUGACUGCAGAACAGGAAGUGCAAACAGCACAUCCUGGUCAUCCGACAUAGCAUUUUUUAUUUUUUAUUUUUUUUUUACAUCAAAGUUAAAGCCUGAUUUUUUUUCAUUUACAUAGGAAAAUAGUAGUUUUAUAUUGUUAUAUAAACAAAAUUGGAGAUAAAUGAAUUGUUGCCAUAUGGCAACACCAUGCAAGGGUUAAAUAGCUUUUAUCUGAAGUACCUCACGGUAUAAAGUGAGAUGCUGAACACGAUUCAAACCUUAAACUGAGUAUUCACUGGUUAUGUCCUUUCCUCAAGGGCCCAACACUGGCUCUCUGACACACUUUUGGGAUAUGAACUAACAACCAUCUGGUCACUCAAAUGCAGAACCUUAACCGCUGAGAUACCACGAUCCAAACUCAUACACACCCUCAACUUUGUAGGACGAUUGUUCUGCUUGAAAUAUUUAAAGGGUUUUAAUGUCAAGUGGUUUCACUUCCUACAGCUUUCACUGCUUACACAGCUGUUUCCAACUCCUCACACACACACACACACACACACACAGUUAUGCCAUGGCACUUUUAGUCAAUAGGAAAAAUUCAUUUAUUCACUCAUCUUCAGUUAGCAACUCAGCAUGUCAUGGUUUACUAGGAAUCUGGAGCCUAUCCUGUAUUUUUUGUUUUGUUUGUUUGUUUGUUUGUUUGUUUUUCAUUCUGUGUCAACUAAAGUCUGUUUUGCAUGAAAAUCGCAGGAGAUCAGCACUUUCCUGAAAUAUUCAAAUAAGUCACUGGGUAAUUGCAUGAACUUGCAGGUGUACCUAAUAAAGUGGACGGCGAGCAUAUAUUAUAUCAGAAUAAUACUCCGGGCUAACAUAUGCAGCCCUUCACCCAAAAGCCAACAUUCUGAAGCAGGAAGAUAAAAUGUGGAAUGAAUGCGCGUAACAUAGGAAUAGAAUAGGUUGUCAUUGCCGGAGAGGUCUCUCCAGGGAAUGCACCACAGAUAACAGGGGGUUAGCUGACAGAAAAAUCCUUCCACUUGCUGGAAAAGGCAGGGCUCGAGUGAUACCACAGAGGCUCUAUAUAACAGAACAAGUAACUCAAUCACAGUAGGUGUUUAUCAUAUCAGACAAGACCCAGGAUGUAGACUGUACACCCAGCCCAGAGUAGCAGUGUGCAAGAUGUAGGCAUGAACAACAUACACUGAGAGGAACAACAGAUUAUAUGCCGUAACAUCUGCAAAGAAAUGAAAAUCGAAGACAUUGUAGGAUCCUCCAGGUGCAGACUGGUAAACCGUGAUAACAAUUGAACCGUAUAUGGUAAUGACGGACAGCAUGUGGAAAUCCCGACGGUAUGGUAUCCCGAUAGUGCCAUCUAAAGGGAGGAGUCCGAGAAGCUGGACAUAAACCAGAGACUGAAAAAAAGGAACUAGAUAUGAUGAAAGGUUCAGAACGAGGAUAUCCUGGUGCUGAUAGGAGCUAUUGCGGUUGUGCUCGCUAAGCAGGAAGACUGUGAACUCGCUGCAAAAGUUUCCAGCAAUGACCGCUUCAUUCCAGAAGAAUUCCUAGGAAGAGUACAAAUUUUUUUUUUUUUUUUUUUUUUUUUUUUUUUUAAUAUAUAUAAAUACUGUGCAAAUCUCUCAGUUCUCUGGUGGGAAUGGUAGAUACCGACCACAAGGGUGUGAGCUAUGUUCCGUAAGAUCUACUUCUGCUUUUUUUGUCACACUAUACUAAAAAUAAACAGCCACCUUCCAGCCCUUUCAACCUUUAAAUGGGUGGACAGUUACAUUAAAGAUGCCCUCUGUAAUAUUUAAAGGUAUUGUUAGACUCCUAGUAAUCAUAUAAAAUUCAAAGCUUCCUUAGUAAAACUGGCGUGUGCAUUAUUUCCAUCCAGCUGAUCUUGCUAGUUUCUUUAUUUUAGUCUCUUUUUUUUUUCCAGGCCCAGGAUUAAGCUCCGCCCCCAGCUUGAACAAAUCUGCUCUGUUAUUUUUCCUUAAAAGCCAACUUUUCAGGUAAUAGGCGGCUUACAAAUUGCUCCUUUAAUGAUAUAAAACCAAGUGACGGCUAUUUCCCACUAGAUGUAUUUCUGCUUGCUUUUAUUUCACACUAACUGCUUUAUAAACGAUAAACUGGCACAU